CAUCCUGAGGAAACAACAGUCACUUCCUGUCAAAUUAAGCCAAGCCAGGGCAGCUCAGAGUGAUAACCACUGCUACACGCUUCCCACCGAGUGGCCGGAGUGGAGCGCCAACUUCAAUGUCUGUCCCUGCCCACGGGAGCUCUCCCUUCCUGCCAUCAGCUUCUGGAGCUACAAGACAGUCACCUCGAGGGAACGUAGGCAAUCCCACCAUUCCUCAGCCGGGAUGGGUCUCCUCUUACUGCUCACCUUCACACUCCUCUCUAGCUGGAGACCAGUAGGAGCCCAGUCACCAUUCACGAUAAGAAAUGUCAAUCUGGUGAUCGAACCGGGCAAUGAUGUGAUGAGGGACACCAACGUGACACUGAGAUGCCAGGCUGUCGUCAGCACCUCGGACAAACAGCUCCUGAGCCGCGCCUACAGAUUAUACAAGGACAACAUCCUGGUCUACACGGACACCACCAACAGCUCAGAAGAUCUCGUCUAUCAGUUGCCCCUGGCCAGGGUCUCCAACACUGGCAAAUAUGAAUGCCAGAUUGUAAUUGAGGGCAAAAGUAUGAGCAGCGAGCCUAAGAAACUCACAGUAACAGGCCUGUCUACACCCGAGCUCCACCUCAGCAAGCGUGUGUUGAAUGAAGGAGAGGAGGUGAUAGCCAAAUGCACAGCUCCUGGUGAGAUGGGCCCCAUCAUCUUCUAUUUCUACGCCGACUUCAGCGAGAUCAAGGAAGAGCGGGUCAACAAAAACCACGUGGAGGUUGCGCUUCGUUUCAACGGCGCGGGAAUCCGCAAAAUUAACUGCAGCUACGUGGCGCUGAUCAUGCCGAACUCUGUCAGGUCUGAGCAAAGCAACAUUGUCAGCAUUUCUGUCAAAGAGCUUCCUCUCAAUCCAGUUCUCGAGAUCAGUCCACACCAAAGAGUCUAUGAAGGGGACCCACUCAAUAUCACCUGCACCAUCGGGGAUUUCCAUUCCUACUCUGAAAAGGUCCAUGUCUACCUGAGCCAAGGGAAACACCUGCUCAGCUUUGGGACCAACAAAGUGAACUACAGCAAGCUGGCAGUGGCAAAUGAGCCGGGAGAGUUUGAGUGCAGGUUAGAGAUGGGAAAAGUCGCCAAAGUCGCUACAGCAACGGUGUCGGUAACCGAGCUGUUUUCAGUGCCAACACUGACCGUGUCUCCCAAAGACGUCUUUCAAGAGGACGAAAUUAAGUUGAUUUGCCGAAGUGAAGUAUACGCCCCUGAGAGACUCCGUAGAGAAGAGCUGGUUUACACUAUUGACCCGCUGAGAAGUCAUCUAGUCUCAGGCAGAGGUGCUGGAAUAUUCUCUGGCAAAACCCUGCCGUAUGAAUUUAACUACACCUGUUCAGCUAAAGCCAAGGAAAUCGUGAAGCACAGUAAAACCCUUAGAGUUAGUCCUAAAGUCCCUGUCUCUCAGCCCAAAAUAUCAGUGGUGGGCAGGGCUGUUCUGGGAAGGCCCUUCCAGAUCCUCUGUCAGUCGGACAAAGGAAGCCUGCCCAUAAACUACACACUGUGGAGGAGGAACGACUUGCUGAAAAUGGCCAUUGUGAAGCAGCUGCCCCAAAAGGCCCUCUUCAACGUCACCAUCCAGCGACCUGAUGAAAUAAGCCAAUACAUGUGUGACGCACAGAACAAGCAGGACAGAGUCGUCGAGCUCAGUAAAAGACUCAAUGCCUCAGUCACAGUGCCUGUGUCAGACACCCUGCUGACCGUCCUCCCGGACUUACGAAACAUCGCCGAGGGAGAUAGGCUCUACCUGAUAUGUAGCAUCAACGGCACGCCGCCUGUCACUUUCAAGUGGUACCGCAGCGGCAGGGCCCAGCCACUGUCCACCACCACCUCCAACAAGAUCACCUUGGAUUACCAGGUCCCCGAGGUUAGCAGAGAGCACAGCGGCACCUACUACUGCGAGGCGGGCAACUACGCCAAUAACGUCCGCAGCCAGCUGGUCACUAUAGAUGUGAGCAUGGCCAUGUGGAAGAAAGGGCUGAUCGUGGCGUCCUGUCUGCUGGUCGUGGCCGUGCUGGUGCUGCUGUUGGUCCUCCAUUUCAGAGCCAAGAGAGGUAAAAGAGAGCCGGCUGCAGAGCUGUCAGUAAAGCCUUCGAGCCCUAAAUCAGAUGACUCUUUAACCGUGAGUCUAACCCACGACACAGAGGUUUAUAACGCGGCCACAGAAAAUAUGCAUUGCAGAGACCUGAGAAACAAGGCAGUGCUUGUAGUCCUUGCAGCUAAAGUGAAUAAUUUCAGACGCAACGCCGCGCUAUGAUGGCACGGAGGGGAGAGCGACCAAUAGGAUGCGAGAUAGCGUGACGUCACUUCCUGCUGACGUCAGCAACAGGAGCAGCUACAGUGCCCCCGCAACAGUGUAGCGAAGCACUGCGAUGAGAGGGACCUCAAAAGACAAAAAAAACUAUUUAAGGGGGGGGAGUAUUACGGGGGAGGGGGUUUCAAAGCAGAAAUCGAAUCAAACGAAAACCGAAGAACAAUUUCAAAAAUGGACUGGAACCACCCGCCGAUACAGACUCUUGAGGGAUCUGAACACAUGGCGCCUGACGACACGAACGGUCGGGUUCUGGCCUUUCCACUGAGGGCGCAAAACGGAGGUGACGGGGGGCUCGUGACGAGAUGUGAACUUGGACCUGUUGCUCCCUCUCCCCUCCCGCUGCAGUCUGGAUAGCGCUUUGGUUUCAAUAAUUGCCACCAUUACAGUCUUUAUCUUGUGUUCCUUAUUCUAUCUCGUGUCCCCCUGUUCUGUAUGUCUAUCUCAUUGCAUGUCGUUGUUGUUGAAAAUGACUUAAUUUGCUUGUUGAAAAUGCCCCCCACUGACCGACUGCAUUGUAUAUACACUCCCACCAGUAUCAGCAGAAAUGUGUGUAUAUAUUUUUGGUUGAUCCCCUUUCCUGUUUGGCGGAAGCACUUGUAGAAUAAAGAAGUCGGUGUUAUUUA